AUGGACCGCGCCACGAUUGAAAACUCGUUCGUGGAGAGCCUCGACAUUCGGCCGCCGAACUGGUGGGUGGAACCACCUCUCCGGAAUCUCAUGCGCCAGUUUGCUCGUGCGUACCGGCUCAGCCGCGCGCUGCAGCAGUAUGCAGAGGAGGAGCUGUGGCGGCGUGCAGUCCAUCAACAAGCAGUCCAGGGCCGAAGCGAUGCCGCACAUCGAGUUCUCAACAACCCAGAGCCCUGA